GAGAGAGCGGGAUAUAGUGAAUGCAGGGUCCGGAUGAGAGCGGAUAUAGUGAAUGCAGGGUCCGGGGGAGAGCGGAUAUAGUGAAUGCAGGGUCCGGGGGGAGAGCGGAUAUAGUGAAUGCAUGGGUCCGGGGAGAGCGGAUGAAGUGAAUGCAGGGUCUGGGGAGAGCUGGGAUAUAGUGAAUGAAGGGUCUGGGGGAGAGAGCAGAUGUAGUGAAUGUGGGGUCCGGGGAGAGCGGGAUAUAGUGAAUGAACUGGGUCUGAGGAGAGCAGAUAUAGUGAAUGUGGGGUCCGGGGAGAGCGGAUAUAGUGAAUGCGGGGUCCGGGGAGAGCGGAUAUAGUGAAUGCAGGGUUUGGGGAGACCGGAUAUAGUGAAUGCAGGGUCCGGGGAGAGCGGAUUUAAUAGUGAAUAUGAAGGGUCCUGGGGAGAGCAGGAUAUAGUGUGAAUGAAGGGUCUGGGGAGACGGAUAUAGUGAAUGAAGGGUCUGGGGAGAGCGGAUAAUAGUGAAUGCAGGGUCCGGGGAGAGAGCGGAUAUAGUGAAUGAAGGGUCCGGGG